AUGAUAAACAGAGUAGAACUCACAGUGGAAUUAUUACGAAAAUAUCGAGGAGAGUUGACACAUGAGAAAGUUGUUAGAUUGAACAGAAUAGUCAAGGUUGUUGAAAGUAUUCAUCAGAGUCAUCAAAACGAGGAAGUUAUCAUUCCAAGUAAAGAAGCUAUUAGUGAGGUUCUUGAUAACCCAAAUGAUGAAAACAUGAAGACAUUCAUUGAAUGCACAUUCAAAGAAAAAGUCAAUGUUGGUGAGACAGACAUUAAGAAAAUCUAUGAAGAACAAGAAAGUAGUGCAGUUGAGUUAUUGAAAGACAUCAUGGAUGUUUUAAUGAAUGAGAACAUCAAGAAAUAUGUAAGCAAUAAAGCAAUUAAAAGAAUUACACAAAUGGCACAGAAGAUUCGUAACAACAUUGUGGAGUGUAUCAAUGAAAAUAUGAGAAUGGAAGAAGAGAAGAAUCAAGAAACAACAACACCACCAGAAAUGACAAAUAUUCCAAUCAGUGAAGGAAACAAAACAGAAGAGCAAGAGAGUCCUAAAGAAACAGAAGAAGAGAGAGUGAAUAGGGAAUUUGGAGAGAAGAUGAGAAGUCUUGAAAUUGAGUUAGACAAAAUCAAAAGAAAAUACAUUGCAUUCAAAAAGGUUUUUGAAGAACAUGGGGAAGAUGUAGAAUAUUUGAUGAAACAAGAAAAGGCGGUGAAAGAAUGUGAAAACAUGAUUAAGAAUGGGGAUUGA